AUGAAUCAUGGCAGGAACCAAGCCCAAAACCAGGCCCAACCCAGAGCGGCCCGCAGACAAAAUUCAAACGCUGCUCGUUCCGCCCGCCGGGUCAACAAUAUCCCUAAUUCCGCCCGCACCUCCAACGACUGGAUCGCCGACCGCGAACAACAGCGUCGUGGUCGCCGUAAUAACUAUGGUAGAGUCGAAAACCCUGUAGUCAUUGAAGACGAUGACGACGAGCAGGAAGAUAUCCCAAGGCUUGCCCCACCACCUCUUUUACGCAAUGCGAAUCUCCCAAGAUCUGCCCCACCUCCUCUUUUACGCAAUGACAAUCGCGAGGCCUCGAUUAUGUCCGAACAUUUUCUCUUAGAUUCUCCGCGUGCGAGGAUUGCUGAUGUUGCUCCAGCUGAUGUUGCUCCAGCUGAUGUUGCUCCAGCUGAUGUUGCUCCAGCUGAUGUUGCUCCAGCUGAUGUUGCUCCAGCUGCCGCGAUUGUUGCCCCAGUCGUUGCUCCAGUUGCUGCACCAGCCGCUGCACGAGUGGCUGCUCCAGUCGCUCCACGAGCCGCUGCACCAGUCGCUGCACGGGUCCCUGCUCCAGUUCCUAGGAGUCCAAUCCGAGCCUAUGCUGUUCGCCGCCGCCCUCCACGACUUUUCGACUUUGCACCUGCCGACUACAUUCCUCCUCUCGACUAUCUUCGACCGGGCGCACCUGUUUUCUUCGCUGGCCGCCCUGCUCCCCGGGGCGAUGAUCCUCUUUACCCUCCGUACAGGGGCCCGCUCCAACAGGUGGGACACAACGUGCUCAUGGAGCGUCGCAAUUUUGGUGAGGGGAUGUUUCCGCGCGAGGACUAUGGCGAACCGCCGGGGAUCCCUUAUUACGAAAAUGAUCUGAUGCAGGAGGCUCAUUAUAUCUAUGACCCCCCUGCUCGUCCUCCUGUUGCUCCUGUUCAUGCUCCUGUUCAUGCUCCUGCUCCUGCUCCUGCCCACCCAGCAGUUGUAGCGCCAGCAGUUGUAGCGCCAGCAGUUAGAGCGCCAGCAGUUAGAGCGCCAGCAGGUGGAGCCCCGCCACCAGACCGCCGCCGCCUGCAAGAAUACAACGUUCUUCCCCCAGUGGUCAACCUCGGCCUCCCCCAAGAAUGGACCCGCAUCCACGACGAGACCCUUUCAACGCUCCUCCGCGCCCGCAUAGAACCCCACAUGGCGCGCUGGCUCUCCAUCACAAACGCCAACAAUCGUCUACGCGACGCCCGUCCCAACCACCACCACCUUGCACCCCUAGAGAUGUUCGAGGGCGAUGAUUUCACAGACGCCGGCGACGACAAUGAGGAGCACGACGCCCCCGAGGUGCCUGAGGGCGAUCACUGCAGCACAUGCUUGGAUAGGCGCGCGAACGUGCAGUUCAACUGCCACGACAGGGUUGGCGGCGAGCCGCACUCGGCGUGCACGCGCUGCGUGAUGGAGAUAUGGCGGACUCAGGUGGGCAUGAGUAUCGUUGAGCGGGACCUCAAUCCGCUGGCGACGUACUUGCUGUGCCCGAUGUGUAGGGCCCGCGUCACACAGUUGACGGCGGACAAUGAGUUGGGAGAGUUUUCGGAGGCGAUGGUUGCCGGAAGAUAUGUGCCCGUGGCGGAGGGACAGGAGACGGAGUGGGUCUCGGUAAGGCCGUGGAUGGCGAGAAGGUCGCAGAAGUAUGCGAAGAGGAUUGAGAGGCAGAUUGCGUUGGGAGGGAGGAGGGGCGCCAGGAGAGUGGGUUGGGCGCCGUAUUGA